UAACAAAAGUCGCAUCGAACUCAUCGGAUUCGCGUUUUUUUUGUUAAAUUUCAUUAAUUUUAGUUUUUAAAUCCCAUUCCGAUGCGAUAAACAUUCCACAAUGUUGCCUUCUUCGAUAUCAAUUGUCACAUUUUUUGCAUUUCUUGCAAGCACAAACGCCAUUUGCCAGAUCCCGGAAAUCGUUCGAGGAACAUGGUUUUCAUGGGAAAAUGGUCAAGCGACGACAACAACAGUCGAUGCAACGUCGUUCGAGCGUAACGGCAAUAAAGGACGAUGUGUGUUAUCGGAUCGCGAUGCCAGCGACUAUACGUUUAUCUUCAAAGACACAAAAGGGUGUUUCACGUGCAUCAAAGCUCACGUUCGAACAAUCAACAUUUGGGAGAAAAGUGAAGGCCCAUGUACGCGUUUGAGCGAAAAUGAGGAGCCAAAUUUCGAUAAAGUUUGUCGCGGCAUCCGCCCUGACCAACAUUUAAUCACGCUGUUCAACGAAAAUUUCGUUCCCGUGAAUUGUCGAUCGUCGCUCGAAGGCGUCUGGCAGUUUGCGUAUCAAAAUCGCUUCCGAUUCACGGGAGAAUGCAACAAUCCGGAUGCCGUAAUUCAAUCUUGUCAAACGGCAGGCACGCAAUUUUUGAUCCAAAACCAAAAAUUCAACAUCACGUACAAGGAAUGUCAAGGCAUGUCGGGUACUUUCAACGGAUUAGUCGAGUACAGCUGUUUAGGCGAUUGGCUUGUGGGUAAAAAUCAUUAUUUCGCUGUUGCCAAUACGAAAGAAUCUCGUCGCGAUGAAAAAUUCCGUUGUUUCUUGAAAAAUCGAGAUGAUGAUCUCUAUUUGGGCGUUUCGAUCACAGCGGAAUGCAACACUUUGAAUACUGUUGAAAAGUCUCCCGAACGUUUACGCAUCACUCCCGUCAAAGCAGAAGUUGUUGAACCCGGAUGUCGUUUACCGCAGAACUUCAGCGGCGAUUGGAUCAAUACGGCGAACAUAGAUGCCGAUGUUUUCAUCAACGAAACGCACAUCAUCGAAACUUAUUAUCCCGAUCGGGCGCGUUAUCGUCGAAAUAUUUACGUUUGUCGCGAACAACGUGAUUCCCGCAUCAUGAUGGCUCGUCUCACGGUCGAUGGGUGUCAAAAGGACUACGUUUGCUUCGAUUUUGUGCCGCGCCAUCACAAUGUCAUCCGUUAUCGCAAGGGCUUAGCUGUCAUUUUCGAUGAUUUUAGCACCGUUUGUUCGUGGGUUCAGUUCCCAAAUAAGGAGCAAUGGCGUUACGACUUGUUUUUGGCGAAAAAUCCCGUGCCUGUGAGAUGUCCCGUCGCAGGGAAAUACAAUUUUACGCAACGAGGCGAAGCGCCGUUCAAAACGAGAAUUCUUGGAGGUGUCACGUUAAGUCCCCGUCCGGAUAUUCGAUGCAAACAAAAUAUCUCGGAUAUGUCGGUUUGUGAUACGGAUCAGAAGGAAAUGUGGAUCGAUGAGAAUUAUUGCUUGUCUGUUGAUCAUUUGGGACGUCCUGUGGAUAUUUACAGCGAUCCGGAUUACAAGAUGAAAUGCAUCGGGUUUUGGCAGGAAAAUCUCAAAUCUUACCUCAUUACGUAUGACGAGCUUGAUCCGCUCUCGAAAUAUCGCUGUUGGGUGUAUCAACGUGCAGAUCUUAAUCGCGUUCUGAUGUCACAAGCUGUUGGUGCCUAUUGUCACAUAAAGCAAGACGUCACUUCCUGGAAUUACACAGAAGGCGCCGUCGUUGCGUUGGAUCUUGUCGAAUACGAGCGUGAACGCGAUCAAUGCCCGUUACACUUUGACGAGGGAUCAAAUCCAUGGAAAUCUGACGACAGCACAAACAUCAUCUUCAACUGGAUGAUUUACAAGAGCGAAGCAACAAUUACGACAAUUUAUAGUUUAGGCGUUACAAUUUGCGCGUUAUUGACGAUUUUUGUGGCAGUUAAUUAGAAAAAAAAAGCAAUUCCGUCCAUUUUUAUGCCAUGAAUCUCUUAAAAAUUUCUCAAACCAUUCCCAAUUCUCGUUUUUUUAAGACAAAUUUUACAAAAAAAAAAAUUUUUUAGAUGUAAGUUUUAACAGCACAAUUCCGUCCAAUUUGUUGAAUGAAUCUGUUAUAGAAUUUUAAAAAUUACAAAAAAUAGUUAGAUAA